UCCCUACUGGGGUGAUUGUUGGCCAUUCGGAAUCGAAUCUGUGCGCGCGCAUUUCGCCGUUUUCUUCCCGUUUCCCAGGUUGUGCUCUCGUUCAAAUCUCGUGUGCUCUGAUUGCUGUGUGUGAUGUUUGUUGUUGAUGUUGGUGGUAUUGUUGCUGCCAUUGGAUGAUGAUCGUCGUUUGAUAACCCCCGACCACCCUCGUAGAAGACGCUCGUCGUCGUUAUAGUACAAAGUGCGGCAACUGGCCUCACUCGCGGGAGGUGUCGCCGGCCGUUGAUUGGUGAUCUCCCACGCGCGGAUUUUUUCUUCAUCAAGUGGACGUUCUCAAACGUAGCGGGGGGUUGCCACGCUGCGUGAUUUUACAACCCCUUUAAAAUUCUUCUGGUUAGCGAACUAAGCGUGAACGAUCUUACCGGCUCAUCAAAGAGGAAGCUGAAGAAGAAGUUCGUGUUCUGCUGACCGACAGGGAAAGAGAUUUCUUUAUGACCCAAACAAUCGUCAGGUGUGUGUUUGAUGAUGAUGAUGAUGCGUGCUGGUGAAAACAUCUCGUCAGAAGAAUAGUGGCGUGUCAAUUGGAAUUGAAAGAGUGAUUCUCUACUUUGAGGAGCCUAUCGAGUCUCUGAAGAAUAGGCUCGGAUCAUCCUAUAACUGCUCUACGCAGUCGAACAAGCCGAUGAUUGAUUGUUGAAGUUCGGCUAUUAUUACGGUCAGAAACACCUCCGGAAUAAAGAAAGUUUGCCGUAGAUGGGAUUGUGAUUUAUUACGGUUAUUGAGGCAAUUUCACGCUUUACCGAUACAUGAAUUCAGUGUAAUUGGAUAAAUGAUAUUGUCAUUAUCUGCCGUGUGGUUGAACCUAUGAAAUGAAUAGCGAUUUGUGGGGUUUGGAUGGCCAUAACUAACGAGUGUACUGGUUUAAUUCCAAUAGAAGUGAGUGAUCUUCCCCUGUAGUUUGUGAAAGAAACAGUGCAAAACAGGAAAACCAACAAGAUAAAAAAAGAGUUGAUAACAGUUUGAUAAAACCAACUAUAUUGUAGUGAUACGGAAAGCUCGUGUUCUGCUACUGGAACAGAAAAGCUUGCACCUGUGCUGGUUUGGAGUUUUAUGGAUACAGUCGGUGAUCAGAUCGUGCCGUCGCCAAGUUUUUGGGUAAUGCAGUCACCAGAAUUAGAAUUUCGGCAUGAGCUGAUGGGGCGCAUAAGCAAAUUGGAAAACGAUGUCGUCGAGCUGGAUGUGGUUCCGAUUAAUCAACACAAUCCAUCAUCGAGCUGUUCAUCACCGCUGCCGCCAUCAUCGGCACCAAUGGCCACCCAACCGUCCGCCUUAGCCGGAUACACCGGUGCUGGUGGUCAGACGACGAUGACUUACGACCACCAUCACAGCUACGGGAAGGAGAUGUUUUUUGGCAGCAAACAUCGAGAUGCACUGUGUCCGGAUACGGAUGACUCAUUUUUGCGACCUCCUCUUUGGGAGGACAUCACUAGCUCAAUACAAAAUAUUGACCCGGAGAAUGCCGUCAUGUUGGGAUCCCUGAACGGUUCCACCAUUGCCCAAGUGAAGACGGAAGCAGUCGAUGACAGUUUCCUAGAACCGCUGUCGUCUCCUCUCCUAAGUCCACUGGAGAUCAAAACCGAGAAGUCUCUCUCGCUCCAUCUCAACAAUAACAACAGCAUACACCAAAAUCAGUUGCUAAGCGACAGUAGUUUUAAUAACAAUAGCAAUAGUGCCUUCCUAGCUAAUAGUGAUUCGACCUACCUGCAACACUCACACUCAGCAAACCUUGCCACUAGUCACCUGAGCCAUGGUCAGCAACACAAUCUCAACGGCUACAUGGGUUGCACGACGAAUGGCCUUCCUGCUCCAGCGACUCAAACUCAUCAUCAACCCCAUCCCCACCAUGCGAAUCAACACCAUCAACAGGGCAAUCACCAUCAUCUGCAGGUGAACCAAAACAACAACUACUACCAUUGGCCUCCUCCUCAUCCACUUCCACCAAAUGGAAGCAGCGGCCAUGGAGCACCGCAAAUGUACCACCCCAAGUACCACCAUCCGGCACAAGGUUCCACCAUUUGUACGCCAAUCUCGAGGCUCAUGUAUGUUCCACCGCUCACGCCACCAAAUUCCGACCCCGGAAGCCCAGGAACUACGUUACAGAAUCAAUCACGAAGGACGCCACCUCCUCCGUAUCACAAUCAACAGCAACAACACCAGCAACAGCUAUCAAUCCACUUAGCAGGCCCAAACGGGCAGCAUCCCACCCAUCUGCUUCACCAUCAACCUCCGCAUCCCAGUCACCCGUCACUUACUUCGGUAUCUAUCGUUCCUGCCGUCGGAUCUCAUCAAUCCCUCAACGCAGCAGCAGUAGCAUCCACGCCAUCGAUAGCAAUAACCUCGGCAAUCAGCCACCACACUACCAGUUCUAGUGGUAGCAGCAGUAGUGGCAGUGGCAAUAGCAACAGCAGCAACACCAGCAGUUCAAACGGUAGUGCAAGCAACGGCGGUGGCGCCGGUACAAAUAACAAUAGUGCAAGUGCUACUAACAACAACGUGGUGUCUAGGGUAGGCAAUCGGAAACGAUCGCAGCACAGCAUCAACAGUGUUCUGAGCAGUGUCGGGGUAGUGAAACAUAUCGUCGGUCGGUACAACCGGCGCAACAAUCCAGAGCUGGAGAAACGGCGGAUACACCACUGUGAUUUCAUGGGAUGCACAAAAGUUUAUACCAAAAGCUCUCACCUGAAAGCCCAUCAACGAAUUCACACGGGCGAGAAACCGUACACCUGUCAGUGGCCCGAGUGCGACUGGCGCUUUGCCCGCUCCGACGAGCUCACCCGACACUAUCGGAAGCACACCGGCGCGAAACCGUUCAAGUGUAUCGUCUGCGAGCGGUGCUUUGCACGGAGCGAUCAUCUGGCACUGCACAUGAAGCGCCACCUGCCGAAGAACAAAUGAGGUCAAUCGAAUGGCACAAAUAUGUUGGACCUCGAAGUCCCACUUUUCCUUGCUUCUUCCCAUGUGACUACUAUUACUUAGAGAGCAACAACAACAAACAACAGCAAUUCAUCAGCAGCAGCAGCAGCAAGAUGAUCGUCGUGUCCUCAACCAUGCACAAACUACUUAGGCUAUCGAUUAAAGUAAGAUUUAGAGAAAAUGAUUAGUAAAUGAAACUAAAACCCAUUCCACCGUCCUCCUGAUAAAAGUGUUUUAGAACAUGAACAAAAAAACGUAGUCGUGAACCAAAUUAAGCCACUUAAAUUACUGCAAAACUUGUUUCCCUCGACCCGAUCAGAUGAUCGCCGCUCUCAAAACCGCGUUCUCAUCUUUUUGGAUCCCAACGAAUUCAAACGCGCCACCUAUGACAAUAGCAAAUAACUCACUGCAUGACAGAAACUCUAUCCAUAAUUGCUCAGCGCUACAAUCGGUUAGCUUCAUACAUCUAUACGCCACAGCAUCCCUAGCUGGCCUCGAAAGCGAAAGUUCCGAUCGGUAAACCAAAACAAAAAUGCGUAUAAAUCUCUCCUAAGUUAAAUAUUUGAUGAAGCCACCGCAUAAUGGAAGCUGUUCCCCCAUGAAGAUGGCGCCACCAUCGAUGGUGGAACGCAAAUGCGAGUAGCUGUCAAUAGGUCAAUAAUUGCAUUUAAAUUUGGGAGAUGUUUAGGUGGACGGAUGUCUAGUCAGUUUCGUCUCGAAUUGUUUGACUCCCGCUCAUUGCUUAUUAACGCACAAUUUGCGUGAGAAAGCAUGAACGUGUGUUACGGAGCAUGAAAGAACACUCAAAAACAAGAUUUUUCUGAUUUUUUCUUUUCAAAAGAUUAUUUAUUAUUUAUGAGAAUUUUUUUUUCAAACAAUUUCAGACAAGUAGCUUAAUAUUUAGACUUCCCACUCUCAAUUUCAAAAAGUCGCUAAAAAUAUGAAGAUUUUCGUGUACUUAUGUUCAAAUAUCGUGUCUCCAAAAACAUUAUAAAUGUGUUCAUAAGGAAGA